AGAACAGCUCGAAAUCGCUGACUCCCGAUAAGGAAGAAACCGAAAGGCGGAAGCACUUCCGCUCCAUGUCAGCUCCCUCUGCUCUGCAACCAUCCCCAGUCCACCUCCAUUGAUGCGAACACCAUGACCAGCUUCCCUCCCUCCCGGCUACUCCUCCAACGCUCGCCGCCGGCCUUCCUCGUCCCUCCGACGUUCUCGAGCCCGUCUCCUCCCCCGCGAAGCCUCGCGAGGCUCCGGCGCGGCGAGGCCGGCGGGUCCGGGCGGGGCGAGCCCGAGCGAGCCGGCGAGGAGGGGAGGAGGGCGCGGCGGGGGGCGAGAGCGGUCGCGCGCGGGUGGUUGCUGCCGGUGGAUCCGUGGGCUCCGGCCGUCGAUUCGGAGAGCAUCGCGUCCCAGCUGUUCGCGCUCUCCCUGUUCCCGUACCUCGGCUUCUUGUACUUCCUCACGAAAUCCAAGUCCGCCCCGAGCCUGACCCUGUUCGGGUUCUACUUCCUGCUCGCUUUCGUCGGAGCCACCAUCCCAGCUGGGAUAUACGCAAAAGUGCACUAUGGUACUUCUUUAUCUAAUGUAGAUUGGUUACACGGAGGUGCUGAAUCACUGCUCACUUUGACCAACUUAUUCAUAGUUCUCGGCUUGAGAAGAGCCCUUAGGAAAGCAAAAGAGACGAAAGAAAGCACAACAGUGGGGAACCUAGAAGAGAAGCCUUCUGCAUAGAUGUGAGGCUUCUAUUUCCAUCCAAUUCCAGGCUGUCCCAUGGUGAUGCUAAAAUGCAACACAUCAUGUUGUUCUUCUUCUCGGUGCAUUUAAGCACAAUGAUUUAAACCUUCCAUUCACAACAAGGUUUUCAACAUCGACUGAAUCUCGGAUCAGUCCUACUCUUGAACCGGUGGAUCGGUCGUUGUCCGCUUGUGCAAUUUUUAGUACCGGUUAAACUUUUUUGUACUCUUGCCCCUUUGUAACAUUCUCCAACCUCAUUUUACUGUGAAUCUAAAUAGUUUACUUACUGAGUUUGUUAUAGACUACUUUGGCAACGUAUUUAAUGAAAAAUUUACGAUCAUAUUUGCUGCUGCAA